AUGGUUUUUUCCUUAAUACUUUUAGGAUGCAUUUUCAUUGUAAGUUCUGAACGUAAAAAAGAUAACCCUCAAACAAAAGUCACAUUAUUUGAAGCAAAAGAAAAUAGUGAAAUAAAUUCUGAAAGUAGUGCAAUUAGUAGUUCUACUACUAUUACUGAUGAUGAUAAUGAAAAUAAUAUGAAGAAAAAGAUAAUGAAAAAGAUAAUGAAGAAACAGAGUAAAAAGAUGAAUAAGAAGAAAAAUCAAGAGAAAAGGGAAAACUGA